UUAAAUUAACUCGCGUGAAGAACGAUGGACACUUCAACCAGAAACCAAGACGGAAAUCAACAGAUACUUCAGGCAGCAGCCUCAUUCAAAGCGUUUUUGUUGAAAAACAACACGGGAAACAACGUAAACCUCUAUGACCAUCUCAGUCGGUUGCUGAUAAAGGUCAUGGAUGUGCAUCCACGAAAUGUGGUGGAUGAAAUUGAGGAUAUGAGCCGUGAUGUGAAGCGGGGUUUAUUUGAAGACAAGCAGAUCACCCUGCGAGACCUUCCACAGACGACAGCUGCUGAGAUGCUUGCUGAGCAGCAGUGCCUUCUGUUUUCUCGGCCAGAAGAGACUGACCAGGAGGUGGAACUGAUGGAAACAGCUCUUCCUAAUGUGAGUGAGAUUGGCUUCUUCCUGGAGCAGGCUGGAGUGGGUCUGGGCAGAGAGGAGAUGCAGAGGGUCUUCCUUGCACUCAAGCAGCUUGUUGAGUCACAGGCGCUGCUGCACUGCCGACUGUGGGGGAAGAUUCUGGGGACAGAGAGCAGCUAUAUUGUUGCUGAAGCUGAGUACAGAGAGGGGGAGGAAGAGGAGGAGCAGGUCACUGAAGAAGAAGAAGAGAGAGAGGCUCAGGAGAAUGAGAUGGAUCCACUUCCUCAGUCAACCUAUAAACCCCUACCAGUGCUGCCAAAGGAGGCCAUAGGGACAGGUGCUAACAAGUUUGUUUACUAUGUGUGCAAAGAGCCUGGUCUUCCUUGGGUAAAGCUCCCUUCGGUCAGUCCUGCACAAAUCACUGUUGCUCGCCAAAUCCGUAAAUUCUUCACGGGGAGGCUGGGCACACCAGUUCUGAGCCAUCCACCUUUCCCCGGGAACGAAGCCAACUAUCUGAGAGCACAGAUUGCUCGGAUCUCUGCUGGCACACAGGUCAGCCCCCAGGGCUUCUUGCAGGCUGGGGAGGAGGAAGGUGAUGAGGAAGAUGAGACACCUCGGGACAGCUACGAAGUUAAUCCUGACUUUGAGGGUAUUCCCGUUGCUGAGAUGGCUGAGUCUUUGUCCACCUGGGUGCAUCAUGUUCAGCACAUCCUCCAGCAGGGUCGCUGUACUUGGAUGAACAUGGCUGUGAAACCAGGAGAAGACUCUAAUGAGGAAGGAGAAGCUGAGGAGAAGGAAGAGGAGCCUGAUGAGCCUGAGCCAGAAGUUGGACCCCCUCUGCUGACUCCCCUCUCCCAAGAUGCAGAAAUUUUCAACAGGCCUCCCUGGACCUCAAAGAUAUCCUCGACUCUCACCUCUCAGCAUGCAGUAGCUGUGCUGCGUUCUAACCUUUGGCCCGGUGCAUAUGCAUAUGCUUGUGGAAAGAGGUUUGAGAACAUAUAUGUUGGAUGGGGUCUUAAGUAUGAAGGCGAAGGCUACAGCCCACCUGUCCCUCCACUACUGCAGAAAGAAUAUCCCAGUGGACCUGAUAUCACUGAGGCCCUGGACCCAUCACUGGAGGAAGAGCAGACGCUAAAAGAGUCUUUAGAGGAGCAGCAAGCUGCCCAGGAGGAGAGAGAGGAGGAGGAGGAGAACACAGACGAAGAGGAGGAAGAUGAUUAUUGA